AUGGAAGACCUGCAGCCGAGUGCUGAUGAACCUUUGUCAGUAAACUGCGACUGCGAUGAUGAGGAUAGGGCGUGGCUUUCGACGACGGAGAACCUGGACCUGGACUGGCCCCAGUAUCACCCCUACCUGGCCUGCAGCUUUUGCAUGGCGAUGUGCCAGUGUCCUCAGUGUGUACUCGUUACAUAUAGAGCGGUGGUGCCAACCCGUGUUUCCGAAAUGGAAGACCUGCAGCCGAGUGCUGAUGAACCUUUGUCAGUAAACUGCGACUGCGAUGAUGAGGAUAGGGCGUGGCUUUCGACGACGGAGAACCUGGACCUGGACUGGCCCCAGUAUCGCCCCUACCUGGCCUGCAGCUUUUGCAUGGCGAUGUGCCAGUGUCCUCAGUGUGUACUCGUUACAUAUAGAGGGUUUUAUCAAUGCUUUAGUAAAAGGUAA